UUACAUUUCCAGUGUGAAGUGCCAGAGGGGGGCCUGGUGCCCAAGUCCCUGUACAGGACCGCGGAGGAGCUGGAGAACGAAGACCUCAAGCUCUGGACCGAAACCAUCUACCAGUCCGCGAGCGUUUUCAAAGGGGCCCCGCACGAGAUUCUCAUUCAGAUUGUGGAUGCCUCUUCGGUGAUCACUUGGGAUUUUGAUGUGUGCAAAGGGGACAUCAUCUUUAACAUCUAUCACUCCAAGAGGUCGCCGCAGCCACCCAAAAAGGACUCCCUGGGGGCACACAGCAUCACUUCCCCAGGAGGGAACAACGUGCAGCUGAUAGACAGAAUCUGGCAGCUGGGCCGUGACUACAGCAUGGUGGAGUCACCUCUGAUCUGCAAAGAAGGGGAAAGUGUGCAGGGCUCCCACGUGACACGGUGGCCGGGCUUCUACAUCCUGCAGUGGAAGUUCCACAGCAUGCCGGCCUGUGCCGCCACCAGCCUGCCCCGCAUGGACGACGUGCUGGCCUCCCUGCAGGUCUCUUCCCACAAGUGCAAAGUGAUGUACUACACCGAAGUGAUCGGGUCCGAGGACUUCCGAGGCUCCAUGACCAGCCUGGAGUCCAGCCACAGCGGGUUCUCCCAGCUCAGCGCUGCCACCACCUCGUCCAGCCAGUCCCACUCCAGCUCCAUGGUCUCCAGGUAGUGCCCAGUGCGCAGAGGGGACGGCCCACCGCCUCGGGCCGCCGCCCGCCCAGCAGCCACGUUGCGCGGACUCCUCUGGCCCUCUAGGUAGCACGUAGCUCUCCAGGUGGUAAACGUAGUCACUGAUCCCGAAACGAUCUCGACAGGUAGUUGUAACUCUAACUCAAUAGCCAUAGGUUUUGUAUACAGUGUGCACAGAAUCCAACCAGAGCACAAGGGCUCUCUCUUCAAAGAAAAGUCGUUUGUAUACCAAGUAAGCGCCUCCACACCAUCCCUUAGUGGAUGAGCUCCCCACCACCCGUCAGAGGUGACCCACCUUCCUCCGCGGAGCAGAAGCUGCCAACCUGCCCCCGCCCCGCGUCCGGCCCUCACCUCCUCCCUGCCCGUGGUCGACGCGGCCCGAGGAUUGAGUGACUGCCCCCAGGCUCCUUCUCCUCCGAGCAGACGCCGCUAAUCAGAAGAACUCAGAGGGAGCCUGUGGGCACCCGGGCCCGGCUCCGGGGCCAGACGGACCCACUGUUGUAAAGGGGGUCUGGGGGGGUCCGGGGCUCUCGCGGACUCCCCACAAUGCCAGGAAGAACACCGCCAUCAUUAAACAUUAUUUUCUCUUUCCUCCUUUCAAACCUUUUGGUACUUUGAGAGCAGGCUUCCUCUGUCCAUGAACUUGGGCCGAGGGCGUCCUCUCCCUUCCUCCCGGUGUGUUGCUCUUCCUACCUGCACGCAUUAGGUCUGAACUCAUUCUAGAUUGGCCUCCCCUGGGCCCCUCACGGCUUGGUAGCAUCAGAGCCCAAAUGGUUCCUCUAGUCACUAGAAGGGUACUUCGGAGACAGUGAGUCCCAUCUGCCGUUUUGAAGCUGUCCUGUGUUCACUGUGUGGCCAUGGCAGGACAGCCUGUGGCCUGGGGGAGCCCUGCUUCUUUGUGACAGGAAAUUGUGGGCGUGUGUGUGCCUGCAGGCAUGUGUGUCUCGGGGUGGGUGUGUGUCAGCGGGGGACGGGGCGAGUAAAAACUUAGUUCAAGUAAUGAAGGGUUCAGUUGCAUAGAAGCAGGUCAGAUUGUGAGGUUGGUCUGCUUUUUACUUUUUCUUUUUGAUUCCAAAUACCAAGCCUGGUCUACCUUUUAUUGGCCCUCGUUUUCUCGGCUUGUUAUGGGAAAAGCAGGUUCUUCGCGAAUCUGUCCAGUUGUUGCCUUGGGUCAGUCUCCGUGGUGAAGGAGGACGUGUGCCGUGGUGGGUACGUGGCGGAGGCUGUGCUGUUCAGGAUCUGGGCCAAAAGCCAGGUGGCCAUCAUCAGCGUGUGACGGGCACGGAAACCCUGAGUCGCGUUGUUGUGAACCUGCCCUGGAGGUGUUAGGCGGGUGCCGCGUGGCGGGAGAGCUGUGUGGACGAGUGUGUGCCCGCGGGGAGGUGUCUGGAGGGCUCGGGAGAAGCGGAGCAGCCCUCCCGGGCAGCGGUACUCGGUGGCUGCCUGCACGCUGAGGACGUUCCUGGGCUUCUCCCAGGGCUGCCGGCCCAUCCGGAGCACAGCUGUGCGUUUCCUUCACAAGAGAAGCUCACCGUUGGCACCUAAAGGCUUGUUUCCGGAAAGCACAGUAGGGUUAGUUAGUGUAUCCGUGCUGCUUCCUGUUUCCAAAUUCUCAGGACCUGAAGACGGUCCCGUCUCUCUCCUUCUCUCUUUCUCUGUGUCUCAGAUGGCGAUUUUGCUGACAGCUGCCAAGAAAACACUUCACUCGACAGUCCACAUCAGCCCAGGGGCGCUAAUAGAACUAUCUGAAUUGCAGCCACCCCUCCCCCAGUCUGAAGAGCAGCUCUUUUUGAGCUGACUCAGAAGUGGCACUGUUUUUUAUCCCCAAAGAGUUGAAUGCAUCCUUAAGCAUUCACAGCACAUCACUGCACAAAUACUUACAGGGUUACUCCUGAGUACCCAUCGCCCUGUCCUCCUUGGAAGGGGGCUGUGAGGCAGGUAGACUUCGAUCGCGCAGUUUAUCGUGACUCUACUUCAGUGCCCUGCACUCUUUUUAAAAUGCUGCUGUCAUUUCACCUGUUUUCAGCACUAAUGAUCCUUUUGGUUUCCCCUCUAUUACUAGUGUCUUAAUUAACUGUCUUUCUUAAUUUCAUUAUUUACGUAUCAAAUUCUGUAAAUGUUUUGUAAACAUAUUACCUCACUCUUGGUAAUACA